GUGAAGACCACGGGCAGAACCUCCCAUCGGAGCUGCAGGUCUUUCCCCUACGUAAAAAGCUGUAAUUCGGGCCGUGGUGGGGCCCUGUUACCGUCCUUUAAAAGCGUCACUCCUAGGCGCGCGAGGCCUCUCUUUCAUCUUGCUGCAAUUUUAUUUUGAAGUUUCAGAAAAUUGUUGAGGUUCUUUUUUUAUUUUGAAGUAAUGAAAUGGUUGAGGUUUGAACGUAUAUAUGGUUAAAGUUUAGAAAUGGCAGAGAUUUGCUGCGGGGUUGUGAGCGACAACGAUUCGAGCACGUGCGAGGGGAGCUCACGUGCUGCUAGGCGGAGGAGGAUUGAGAUCCGGAGGUUUAAGUUCGUCUCCGGCGUGGCGGCCCCGGCAGAGUCGACGAAAUAUGCCGAGAAGCGAAAGAGGCUAGAGUGUUAUACUUCUCAGGCCACGGAAAAGUUUAGUGACGACGAGAAAGUAAACUCGGUGAAAGGUGAAGAGGAGAUGAGCCUAACGAUUUCCGCCAAGUGUCCGUCCACGUCAGCACCCGUACUGACUCCGGACGCCAAGUUCGGGAUGGCUUCCGUUUGUGGACGACGGCGAGAUAUGGAAGACGCCGUCGCUAUCCACCCCUUCUUCUGCCAGCAGGACCAAGAAACCACCGAUCUUCACUACUACGCUGUGUACGACGGCCACGGCUGUUCUCAUGUGGCGACGAAGUGUAAGGAGCGGUUCCAUGAGGUGGUGAAGGAGGAGAUAGAAAACGAAGCUGUUCAUCAUCAAGAGUGGCAGAGGGCGAUGGAGAGGAGCUUCUUGCGCAUGGACAAAGAGGUGACCGCGUGGAUCCAAGGCGCAGUCGACGCAAGAGCCGACUGUCGUUGCGAGCUUCAACAGCCGGAGUGCGAGGCCGUCGGAUCCACCGCCGUUGUCGCUGUUGUCACGCCGGAUAAGAUUAUCGUCGCUAACUGUGGUGACUCCAGAGCCGUCCUUUGCCGUAAGGGCAAGCCCGUACCUCUUUCCUCCGAUCAUAAGCCGGAUCGUCCAGACGAGCUUAGCCGGAUCGAGGAGGCAGGUGGCCGGGUAAUAUAUUGGGACGGUCCAAGGGUUCUCGGAGUCCUGGCCAUGUCCAGAGCCAUAGGUGACAACUAUUUGAAACCGUUCGUUUGCUGCGAGCCGGAGGUGACGGUAACGGAUCGGACGGCGGAGGACGACUGUCUGAUACUGGCGAGUGAUGGUUUGUGGGACGUGGUGUCGAACGAGACGGCGUGUGGGGUGGCGCUAAUGUGCCUGAGAGGGAGAGCCCACGCGCCACCGAUGGAGAGUGAGGGAGCAGGGGUGGAGAACUCGGACAAGGAGUGUUCGGACGCGUCGACGCUGCUGACAAAGCUGGCGUUGGCGAGGCAAAGCACUGACAACGUGAGCGUGGUUGUGGUCAAUCUCAAGCGCAACACGUAGUGCAUGUCAUUUUUUCGUUUUUACUUCGGUUCGGAAUUUAGGUAAGGGUUAGGUUUUUUUCUCCAUAUUGGGAAGGGCUUGUUAAUUUGAAAAAAAAAAAAGAAAAAAAAAAGAAAUGGAGGGUGUUUGGCCAAAGGAACUGUGGUAGAUCCUUUUGAAUGAGUAAUCUUUUCCUUCAAAGAAUCCAAAUUACAGAGCAUGGAAAACGAUGGACGUGGAAAAAGCGGAAUAAGCAUGCAUUUUGCGGUUGUUUGCGGGUUGAUUUUUGUUUUUUGUUUUUUUGUUUUGUUUUUUUUUUUUUUCAGACAACGGGAAACUUUUGAACUGAACUAGAGAUUACACAAAACAAUGGCUUAAGAAGCCAUCCAGUCGGGUAAGGAAUUCCCGAUGACCGACUGGAGAAGCUAGUCCUGACUAAGAGCUAGCUAGCUGUGGAACUUUGUGUGCAUAUAUAAUAUUGGCUUCUCUAUACACACGAAUAAAAAGAUGAGGGCAACUUUCACCAUAUUAGGGUUUGUAACGUUCGGAGAGCCCGAUCGUUGUUCAAGCUCCUACGAUUCCAUGGUAAAAUCUCCUUUCUGCUGAAUAAAAGUAAAAGAAAGAGAAGGUAUAAUUAUUUGCUGAAUAAACAAAAAAUGUAGAAGGGGAUGGUAACAUAAUGUGACUUUGUUUUGUAGUGUUAUUGGUUUUCAUUUCUUUUUCUUUUGAGAACUUGCAAGAACUGUCCUACAU